UUUAGCGCCCCCGAAACAUGGUUGGAGGUGCGAGCCUCACGGCCAAUAGACCGGGGCUAGAUCCGGUGACCGGGGUGUCUUAGACGGACAGUUAAAACCGAAGACACCGGGUCAGGUCACCGGGCAAAAUGACCUCUAGGUCUGCAGUGCGGUUGAUCCGUUCUCGGCUGGAGUUGUCUUUCUUCUUGGUGUCGUUCAGAGUUGCGAACAGGUGCUGGCAUCUCAUUUGUUUUCUACAACGUCUCAACUCGGCUUUUCAAAGUUAUUGCAAUUUCAUAGUCUCUAGAACACAGUUCAAGCCCAAAAUGCCCUCGUUCACAAACAGGCGCAACGUCCCCGACCGCUUCCGCCCCCUCAGUAAACCCGAAGACGGCCUGAUGGAGGACAUGAACCAAACAACCCCAGCCGCAAAAGACGGCAGCUCCCUCACGCUGGGCCCCUCAGACGGCUCCCUGCUCGAUUACUUCGACCUGCCCUCCCCGCCAAGCACCCCCCAGCGGCCAACACACAGCCUGGCUUUCUCCUCCCUGGCCGGCCUCUCUAGCCCUGCCACCAGCCCAGUUCCCUCCCUCCGAUCUUCUCCCAUCGGCCUCAGCACUCCCAGCAGCAUUAGCAGUGGAGCCAGUCCCAACUCCAGCCCUCCCAUGACAACCCUCCCGCGCUGGCCAACCGCUUCGCAGCGCAUCCACCGCCGCCCAAUCCGACCACGGUCCCGGAGCGCCUCGUCCGUCUCGUCGUCAUCGUCUUCGCUAACUUCUUCUUCGACGCCGGUAGUUGACGCAGAUGUCGAUAUGAUCGGCACCGAUACUACCGGCCUGCCGGGCGGCGCCGGCGGGACAACUGGAAUACCGCCGCUGAUCCGGUCGACGCGGAUGACGCCGUAUUACCCGCCGAACUCGUCACGGAAUGUGGACCGCGCGAGGGUGUACAUGAACCGGGGCCCGCAUUAUAUCCCGAACUGGACGCCCAUGUCGAGCUUGCCGCGGCAUGUGCAGUUGCAGAUUGAGGAGAGGCUGAUGAAGUUUACGGCAAUUUGAUAUGGAAUGGGGCAGCGAUGGGAUUGUGUGGUGUUCUGUUUCUGAAGUAAUUUGACGGUUGGGUGUUUCAUGGCGUGGUUUGAUGGACGUUUUUGGGUUUGCGGAGUUGGGAUGGGGGUUGUUGGUGCAUCGUAGACCGGGAGGAGCAUGCUAGAUGGUGGGUGGACGUGUAUGGGAGUAUGGAUAAUAAACACGGUUGCGAGACAUUGAGUACCGCGGCUUCUAGCAUGGAC